AUGUCCGACACCCUGAUCAUCAAGUCCAUCUCGUCCCACGACGUGUCGCUCAAGGACUGGAUACAGGUGCAGGAGAAGACGUUUUUGCGUUGGAUCAAUUCCAAGCUCCAGACCCACAACCACCCUCCCUUGCUUUCUCUUGCCGAUCUUGGUUCCGGCGUCGAUUUGUACAAUCUGCUCAAAUGUCUUGAUCCGGACUUUAGCCUGCGUCCCAUCUACCAACGACCAAAACUCAAGUUCCAAAAGAUGGAGAAUCUUAAUCGCAUACUGGACUAUCUCAAGCACCGUCAGAGCCUCCAGAUCCACAAUAUCGGCGCAGAGGACAUUGUGGACGGUAAUUUAAAGCUCACGCUCGGGCUGAUCUGGCUGCUUCUGCUUAACUACACCGUUUUUGACAACUCUGACGAGGCCGACACGUUUAGCAAAAAGGAGCUUCUGCUCCGAUGGUGCAAGAAAGUGACCGGCUCCUAUGCCGACAUAAGAAUGACCAACUUCACAUCGAGCUGGUCCAGCGGCCACGCCUUCUGUGCACUACUCAACUACUUCAAGCCAGACCUGCUGGACUACCAGAAGGCCGCGAAGAUGACAAACCUGGACAGACUGGAGCUGGCCAUGGCGGUGGCAGAAUCCGUGGGGAUUUCGCGGCUGCUCGACCCGGAAAACGUCGACUGUCUGAAACCGGACGAAAAGAGCAUUGUCGCGUACGUGAGUCUGUUCUACGACCGUUUCAACAAGGAACCUGUGCGAGACACCGUCGGCAUAAAGACGCGACUCGAGACGUUUCUGGGCGUGGUGACCGAGAUCACGGGGCUCAAAACCAACUAUCUGGAGAGUCUGGCACGGCUGAUCGAGCGCAUGCGCGAGACGCUGGACGCGAUGCAACGGCUGGGCGACGACGUGGCGGCCAAGCACGCGUUUCUAAGGAGUUUCCGGACAGGCAAGAAGCGGCAAUUCCUGGAACAGUACUCGAAGCUGGAGUCGAUGCGCAGCAAGAUCAAUUUGAUGCUGGUGGAGUUCCAUUUCAGCCAGCUCUCGGAGCCACAGGGCUGCGCGCUUCAGGACUCGUUGGGGCUGCUCAGGAAAGUUGUUGCACAGGAGCAGACGCUGAGCAGCGACGUGGCUGCGCAGCUGGCACAGUUAAAAGAGGACUCUUUCAGUAAACUGCGCCACCUCAGCCACAAAGUGAGCGCGGGGCUUGACCUGAUCGAGAACGACGUUCUGCAGCUGUCGGACGUGGCCGAGGCGCAGAUCAACGAGCUGCCCGAGAUCAUGGGCGAUCUGCAGACCAUGGAGAAGCUGUAUGAGCGGCUACGCGGCUCGAAGGAAGAGUUCUGUCGCAAGAUGCAGGUGAUGGACCAGAGUUUUGAUUUCAAAGAAACGGAGCAGCUCUACAGGGUGGAGGAGCUGGGGUUCCGCAUCAAGCUGGUGCGCCACAUCAUUGUGGACAAGCUUACGUUCAUUGAGACGCAGUUCGACAAGAAAGAGCGCAUCGUCAAGCGGAUGAAGACGUCAAGCGAGCUGAGCUCCGUGCAGUUGUGCCAGCUCGAGAUGAUCUUCGACAAAUUCGACCAAGGCGAUAAAAUGUACCUGAACAAGAGCGAGUUCCGCGAGGCGAUGACGUUCAUCUACCCAUCUUUGAGCACAAGCGAGGCAGAUAAUUUAUUUGAGUAUCUCUAUGCGUCCACCUCCGACAUCACGCGAGGAGUGAAACUCAAGCAAUUUCUGGAGAUACCCGGGCUAUUCGGCGAAAAGCCCGACAGAGAGAGCGAAAUGGUGGACCUGACGAGCCAAUUUUACUACGAAGCAUUUGAGGAGGCCAGUGGUGGCCGAGGAUUGGUCAGCAAGGCUGAUCUGGAGCGACUGCAGCUGGAUUCCCGACUGGUGGCAGGCAUAAAAGAGGUGUUUGAGAGGGAAGAUGACAGUUUUAACUACUCGCGGUUUUUCGACGGCGACGACACGCUACUAGCCGGGCGGCCCGUGCAGCUGGACUGCGUGCUGGACGGGCUCGGCAGCGUCAAUAUAGACGAAGGGUCUGUAGCGAAUGACAUUUAA